UUCAACUCCAAACAAUACUCAUCUGCAGAUUGUGCCUUUACAAAAAAGAAAAUUCUAAUGGGUCGUUGGAUGAAACCAGAGGUGUAUCCUCUGAUAGGGGCAAUGACAUUCGUAACAAGCAUGUGCAUCUUCCAGCUUACCAGGAAUGUUUUCUUAAACCCUGCUGUUAGGAUCAACAAAUCCGACCGCAGCAAGGCAGUGCUGGAAAACUACGAGGAAGGAGAGAAAUAUGCAGAACAUGGACUUCGCAAAUUCCUCCGAACCCGACCACCUGAAAUCAUGCCUGCCAUUAACCAUUUCUUCUCUGAAAAAUAAGAUCAUCGCUUCGAAUGAUUUGUUAUCUUUCUCGAGCUUGCAGUG